GUGCCCAUCCACCACCCAGAGCUGAUGGCCAGUGGGAUGCCAGUUUUCCUGCUCCUCCUUUGGACAGCAAACACGCCUCAGGGUGCAGGAGUUCAGGUUUUGCCACCUGUUAACUUCACCCUCAGUGUCUCUGCAUUAGCACAAGUGCUGUUACACUGGGAACCAAACCCUGCUCAGGAGCAAAACAACUCCACCAUCAGAUAUGAGGUGAAAAUCCUGAGCCCUGUGCCAGAAGAGUAUGACACCAAGAGGACUCACAGUGUCCGAACAGCGGCGCUUCACAACGGCUUCUCGGCUCGCGUGCGGACCUUGCUCCUCCAGGAGAACCUUCAGCUGAGCAGUGACUGGGUGGAGAGAAACCUCCCACCUCUGCCAGGUGCUGCAGAGACCUCUGUCACCAACCUGUCCUGUGUCACUCAUGUCACCGUCCCUGGCAAUGUCUCUCUCCGUUGCACUUGGCUCCCUGGCCAAGGGGCACCAGAAGACACCAAAUACUUUCUGUUUUACAGGUAUGAGACACACACUGAGGAAUGUCCCUCUUACACCAAAGACAAGUGGAACAGGAAUGCUGAAUGCAGCUUUUCAAGGACUCAGAUUAAACCUGGCGAGAUCGACAGCCUCAUUGUCAUUCACAUUAAUGGCUCCAGCAAACGUGCUGCAAUCAAGCCUUUUCAGCAGUUAUUUAACCAAAAUGCCAUCGAGAAAGUGAAUAUUCCCAGAAAUAUCAGCAUAUCCCUGGAGCAAAAUGAUCUCCUGGCCACGUGGGAGAAGCCAAUUUCUCCUUUCCAUGAGGAAUGUUUUGAAUAUGAAUUUUAUCUCAUCAACCUGAAGUCAGGUAACAAGCAGAUCCUGAAAAUCUCCUCAAACAGAUUCCGAGUAGGGAUCGAUGGCAGCAGCAGGUAUUCCAUAAGGAUCAGGGCCAACCACAACCACAUCUGUCGUGCCCAGGGAUUCUGGAGUGACUGGAGUGAAAUCAUUUAUGUUGGGCAAAAUAAACUGGAGAAUUCCAUAGUCUGGAUUCUCACUCUGCUUUGUGUUUCCACGUCCUGCACAUUGCUGUUUGUUGCUAUAAUAUGCAAAAUGAGCCACCUCUGGAGGAAACUGUUCCCACCAAUCCCAACGCCCAGCAACAAAUUCCGAGACCCUUUCCCAAUUGACUACGAGAGAGCACGGACCUGCACCAGCUCCACGGAGACCGAGGUGGGCAGCCUGGCUGAAGGCUUCUCCUGCAGUGUCCUCGAUGACUCUGUGUUCUGAGAGGCUCCACAGUGUCACCCACCAGCGCUGGAGAGGGCUCUGUGUCACCUCCCUGUGGCCCUGCUCCCAGUGGGGAGGAGAAUUUGCCUUCACCAAGUGCCUUGUUCAAGCAGGAUUUAAGUUCAUGGCACAAAGGCUGUGUUGGGGGGAAAAAAGCUUGGAAAAGAGCAAAUGGAUUCAUUUUUUUCUGGUUGGCAGCUUAAUCUUUUGGAUGUUUGUUUUACCUUUACAACUGGAGAUGC